AAAAGGGCAACGUCAAUUUUUUUCAACCUCACUAAGUUUUUCUGUGAUAACUCAGUCUUCUAGUUUUAUGUUUUGUGACUGUGUGAUGUGGCCUUAGGAAGUAGAAAAAUCCUUUUUUUCAUUCAUCGAUGCUUUAGGAUGUGUAUAGAGUGUGGUGUAGCAACUGUGUUAUUGUAUUAUUGCGGACAGUUUAUGCAUUAGUUUCAGUGUCAUUUAAAUAUCACGAUGCGUAUCGGUUUUGUGCUAUACUGGUGCGUAUUUUCUCUUCAUCUGUGCAAAGCGGAUGAUGGGGACAGGACAGAAUCUAGGGAAGGCGGGCGAAGGCCGCAGUGGGGGCCCGUUGUGCGGAGCGGUUCGUUCAUGAGCGAUUCGGCGAGUGCAGCGUCGAAUGAAAUCAUACUCCUCGAAGCGUGCCACAACGAGCCAUCGUGCCUCCAAGACCAUGCUGGGCUCGAGGCAAUCACGCAGCUUCACAGGCAACUCGAUGACGACGCGAACGGAAACGUCGACCUGAGUGAAAGUGACGAUUUCCUGCGCGAGGAGUUGCAAUACGACAGCGGGUACGAGAAGCGUCAACGUGCUUUCCACCAUAACGAUGACAUGCAUAUCUCAGUUAAAGAGCUAUGGGAGGCAUGGUUGCGGUCAGAGGUACACAAUUGGACCGUGGAACAAACUGUGGAAUGGCUCUCCGAGUCAGUAGAUCUGCCCCAGUACAAGACACUAUUUAUUCAACAUCGCGUUACUGGUGCCACUCUGCCAAGAUUGGCAGUCAAUAACAUGCAGUAUUUGAGCAACGUCUUGGGUAUUAAGGACCCGAUCCACAAACAGAAGUUGGCUUUAAAGGCGAUGGACGUAGUUCUAUUUGGACCCCCUAAAGAAGGCAGCAGAUGGAAGGAUUGGUUGCUCGCUUCCCUGCUGUUGGGCGCGGUAGUGGGCGGUUGGGCGGCUCUUCGCGCUGGGCGGGCGAGUCGCCAUCAAGUACAACGCAUGUUACGUGAUAUGGAACAGUUGAGGAAAGCUGAAAUGGCACUUGAUGAUAUGCAAAAAGAGUUAGAGAAAGCGCGAUUGGAACAGGAAAAUGUCACAACCGAGAAGAAACAUUUAGAGGAAAAAUUGAGAGAAGCCGGUGAUACGCCGCUUUUGAAUUCUGCCUCGUCCGAUCUUGAAGUGUCGCAACUGAAAGCUGAAAUAGAAAUGCUCAGAGGUGAACUACGUCGAGCUGAAGGGGAAUUGGAAGACAGAUGCUGGGCCCCCCCUCCGGGACUCCAGCAGUGGUUACAAUUAACGCACGAAGUGGAAAACAGAUCCUACUUGAGGAAGAAGCAGCAGGCCGAUUUACAGCUACAGCAGGCUAGAGAAGCGUGUGAGAAAUUACGUAAAAAGCGAUCAAGUUUAGUGGGAGCGUUCGUGUCGACACAUGGCAAGUCAAUAGACGAUGUCGACAGAUCUAUCGUAGAAGCACGCACCGCUCUCAACGAAGUCACACAGGAACUACAGGAAAGGAUGCAUCGAUGGAAACAAAUCGAACGCCUGUGUGGUUUCAACAUAAUCAACAACAACGGUCUACAGUUCCUGGAAAGCACUUUAUACAGAACAUCUAAUGGACGACAAGGAAGAGUCCGCAUGAGUAGUUCCCAGGAUGAUUUGAGUGUAGGGGACGACACGUCGCUCUGUGGAUCAGUAACGGAAAAUUUUGGUUGGAGAGAAGAUUCGUCUGGAAGCGAGGAACCGGACGCACCGCAUUACCCUCUAGAUCUAAGACUGGCCGAGGCUAGAUUACAGUUAGAAGAGAGGCUGGCACAAGAAGCUAGAGAGAAGAGACAAGACGAGAGAAGAUUGGAGGACAAAAGGUCGGGGACUUACAACGAUGUCCGUAAGAGCCCCGAGGACAGAAGGAGGGACCCCGUGCACUUCAUACUGGGAGGGGACAAUGUUAACUGGACGGGUGAAGACCUCCCUCGCAACAUUCACUCCCAGUCUCAGCCGCAACUGCGAGCGCUCGGCCGCGCCCCCCUCCCGCCCCCGCGCCGCCCCCCCGCCUCGGGGCCCAUACAACGCUCCCGCAGCACCGACGUAGUCCCCCACUCUCCGCACUCCCCCCCCACUCCCCACUCCCCACGCUCUCUCGCCUCCCUCGAGGAGCCGGCCCCCGCUGCCCGCGCUCCCGACGACCCCUCCCCCCGCCCCCUCCCUGACGCUCCUGCCCGCCUCAUCCCUCAGGCUACGGAGGAGGAGUCGACCGACUCCUCGCUAAUGGAGGAUGAUAAUGCACCCAAGCCGAGGAAGCGUAGAAUACACCUCCCUUUUGGCAAGAAGACAAAGACGCCCGCGUGACCGGCUCACGUACAAUUUUUACUAUCCUAUCGGUUUCUCGUAUUAGAUUUGUGGCAUGAUUUGUAAAGAUGUGUCAUUUUGUCUCUGAUAAGUUAAAUCGUAUUGUGUAGAAAACGACAGACUAAUAUUUGUAGCGAUUAAUUAUUUCGUUUGUAGAUAAGUCAAAAAAUAUGUAUUUCACGGUAACGUGACAAAUAGAAGUGUUUUCAUA